AUGACUACCGGUUAUGUCAGCAAGACUUGGGACGAUCGCAUGCUGAUUCUCAUCACGAUAUCAUCGUGUGGGACAACAGUCGGGCAAACAUGGAGUAAAACAGCGUUUGCUGUGACGCUGCUGAGACUAAUACAAGAGUCGCAGAGGAUAUUAAUUUGGUUUUGCAUUGUCACUCUCAACGUUCUCAUGGUGUUGAAGGUUUUCAUGAACUGGCCCAAAUACUGCGGCAAUGCAGACUACCAAAACUACUGGCGGAUGCAAGGCUUCUGUGUCGACUAUGGCAUUGCGGCGGGAGUCAAGGUUGCCGGCAAUAUCUGGAAUAUCGUCAUGGAUUUUGCCCUGGCACUCUUUCCUUGGAUGGUUAUAUGGAAGCUUUCCAUCAAACGAUGGGAAAAGAUUGGACUAUGCGCAACAUUGAGCCUGGGCAUUCUCGUUGCAAUCAUCUCGGCAAUCCGGCAGGCCUGGCAAAACGAUCCCGCCAACUCAAAACUGGAUGACUGGUAUUAUUGGCAUCAAGGCCAUUCAAUGAUUUGGUACUCGGCCGAGGUGGCGGGAACAAUCAUGGUGCAGUGUAUUCCGGUCAUGAGAACACUGUUUGGCGAGGUCAACACGUCGCGGCGGACCGGCAGAAAGUUGCAUGACGACGCCGAGGAAGGUCAAAACAUCACGAGCGACCCGAGAAGUCGGGCGUCGCUGGGUGGUACUCUGCGCCCCAGCACCACGGCCGACACGGAUAUCGCGGCGGUCUUUGAUGAUGAUGGGUAUCCUUUGACCGCACUGCGUACAGAUGGCAACAACAACAGGAGAGGCGCCAUUGUAUCGCAAGUGUCCAUGACCCCGUCCGAGGUGGAUCGCGCCAUUGAGGCGUCGAGGACACAACCUUUGGAGUGGCCCUUGUCUGGGAACGAGCCGUCGGUGAUAGGCGUGCAGCGUCUCGAGGACAAGGAGUUACGUGUAUAA